AUAUAUGUAUGAUACACCUUGUGUAUAUACACAAUACAACGAAGCAACGUUCGGGGAACACGAUAAAAAUGGAGUUAGCUGUAGAUAGAUAGUGGCAUUUUACUCGGAUAUAACUACCUCACCGGAAAAAUCAAAUCACUUUGUUAAUAGUUCAUAUUCAGCAAGAUUGGAUUUUAUAAUUUGUGUCAAACCUUGGAGUAUUCUAUAACAAUGGAGUGUUUAGUUAGUAAAGAAUUUCUGGUAUAGGUGCGGAUCAUUGUGCCAAGGAAUAUAGAUCUUGAACUAUAUUGUGUUAUAAAUGAGAAUUGGUGGAUUUAAUUAAAACAUCUGUGAUUAUAUUAGUAACAGUAUGGUUUUAACACAGCAGACUCACAGUAGUGGAGAUGUGUCUCCUACCUAUGCCAACAUGGAUGAAAUUCAAGACUUGCUGAAGGCCUAUUCAAGUGAUGAAUACUUGGUAGUUACGGAGGCUGACCAAGGCUUGAUAAUGCAGUCCCAAUAUCGGGAUCCUCCCCCAUACCCUGGGCACAGCAAACAAAUGGGCCAGCCCAAUCUUCGUCAGAGUUUCUCUGGGAGUGAGACGAGUACGGAUGUUUCGGUUUCGUCCAUGGAGAACUUGUCAUCAUCACAGCGUCAGGAACCUCAAGGGGAGGAAACUGUCACUCCCUCCUACCACCACCACACGGAGUGCAGCGAGGAAUACAGCAUCAUGGCCCGCCUCGCUCAGGACUCAAAAUCACAACAGAGUAGUGUCCCUUAUUAUGGACAGGUACCUCAUCCCACAGAUAACCGGGGUUACCUUAAUAGUGGUCCGUUCUACCCCUGGACGCAACACGCCAACCUCCUGCCCCAGGGGCAGAAAGUUGGGGACAGUGGGAUGGGAGGUAAAGACUAUGGGGAUUCACAUAUGUGUUCAAUAUCUGCUGCUAAUACAGACUGGGCGUUCACGGGAUCUAAUCCACAACAAACGUCAAAUUUACAGGCAGCAUAUUUUACAACAUUAACGCCUCCACCACAGUACCCAGGAGCAAACGGAUUGUACGAAAAUAUGGACAGAACAAAAAUGAAAAGGUCAUAUGAGACUGUUGAAUCAGUGGAAAUAAAGUCAUGUCAUUCUCAGCCGGAUCUUCACAGAUACUGGGAAUCUCACAGUCCUGAAGUAUUAGCCGCACAACUCAACCCACAGCAACCGCCUUUCCAAAGACAAAGUUCACCUGCAGCACAUGAGUUAAACCCUCUUCGAACAACAGACAUGGUUGAAAUACUGACAGAAGAAAACAAAAGAUUACGAGAAGAUAUUAAUAUUUAUUGUAAAAAAGUCUCUAAACUUCAAAAGUUUGAGAUGGAAAUCCAAAAAGUUCAUGAGGCAUACGAGUCAUUAGUCCAGUCAUCACAGAAGAGAGAGAAACUAGAAAAAAUGAUGAAAAAACGACUUGAAGAGCAAAUAAGGAAAUUACUCUCGCAGAACAAGACAAUGAAAGAAAAGUUAGAAAAAUCUAGUCAUGGUUCUAAUAAUGAGCCUAGUCAAGGAGUAGAGAGAGAGGAAGGAACAUCAGCCUUGUUAGCAAAAAAUAAAGAACUACAGAAUCAGCGUGACCGUUUUGAGCUUGAGGUGGCAACACUUCGGACAACAGUGCAAGGUCAGAAGGACCAGUUGGACAUCUUGGAUGGUGCAUUGACCAAUGCUCAAUCCAACGUUGUCAGGCUGGAGAAGGAGUGUUGCGUGAAACAAGUCCAGAUGGAGCGACUUGACCAGUUACAGCGUGCAUUUUCAUUACUACAAGCAACAUGUGAGAAGCGGGAACAGAUGGAAACUAAACUUAGGACAAAUCUGGAGAAGAAACUUAUCAAGUCACAAGAGCAGACGAGUGUACUGCCUAAAACAGAACCUGGAAAAGAGACAGCCUCAGAGAUGAACAAUAUCUACUCCCUACAGCGACUUCUGAAUGAGAAAGAAGCAAAGAUUUUGCAGCUUGAGACAGAAGUUGUUAAGUGGGAGCAGAAAUACCUGGAGGAGAACAUGCGUCAGCUAACCCUACAGAACCCUGAACUGCAGGAAGGGUGGUCGUUUGACUCUGAACCAAUUCAACAUACACCUAAGGUUGGCCCUGUUGAAGAAGUGUUUAGGUCACAAAUCACUGAACUGGAGUCAAAAGUGAAGUCCUUACAGACCCAACUGGCAGAGAAGGAUGCCAUGAUUCGGGUGUUUCAGCGUGCACCCAUGACACGCAGCAGUAGUGUACAUACACUAAAUUAUUGUACACCACUACACUCACCUCGUCCUUCCCUUAUAGCCUCGGGAACACUUACACGGCAGGGCAGCCAAUCAGACACUAACAGUUAUCUUCCGACGACUCGUCAUUUCAAAACAGGCAGUACAAGUGCCUUAGAGACGGGGAGAAAAUUCUCUUUAGACUGCGAGAAUUUGAGUGAUUCCUAUAUCCCUGCCGAUAAGAAGUCUGAGGAUAAGGAAGAUUCAUCAGAAGAUGAAGGAGAUAAAGUUUGGCAAGUCUGAGGGGAUCCAAAUCCCUUAUUGUACCCUUCAUGCCACUGCAGGCUGGUGGGACCCAGCACCCAACUGGAGCUUGUAAACUUGUGGGAAUGUUAGGGAUUCCACAUCCCUAUUUCAACUCCAGGGUUUACCUGUCUCAGAGAGGUGGGCGUUGUAAACUGGUUGUUAAGUGUUUCCUUCAGUGAUAACAUAUGAGGAGAGAUGGGAGUUGUUGGACGAUAGUUGCCCUGUUUUGCCAUGUGUUGAUUGAUAACAAGGCAAACUCAGAGGUCAUUUCUUCUAGUCCUUAGAGAAGUAGAAACUACAGCUAUCCAGACUUUCGAGUGUCUAGUUACCAUAGAAACUAGCCUAGCAGCUUAAUCAGCUGGCCUUUUAAUGUCAACAGGUGACCAGUGUACCAUUGGAACAUGACUAGCAACGUUUCGUUAAAAUCCCUAAUAACGGAAACUUGCAAAGGAGCUUUAGUAGUCAUAAUGAUGAAAUGCUUGAAUUUGACAGUAAAACCUACAGGCAACAUUAAACAAUGUUUUUUAUGAAGAUCCGUGCACAGAUUAUAAAUCAAACAAUAAAAUACUACAUGAUUUAGUGCUAGUGAGAUGCAUUGUAUUGAUAAAAAGAAGAGCUUUUGAAUUCUUGACAUAGAUCAUUCAUGUGCCUGAAUAUUUGAUUUUUUUGUACCAAUUUUAAGUGCCAAUGACUGAUAAUUUAAUAUUCAACAGCUGAUGAAAUAAAGAAAUGUUCAUCUUUGCAAACCUUGAAAAGAAGAUGAAUUUCUUUUUCCUGAUCAUGAAGAGAACUUCUUGUUAGUUACCAAAACCAAACCAUUUACUAUAAUUUUUUUUUAAAGAAAGUACUGCAAAUGAUAAAGUAAAAUUUCGUAAAAAAUACGAUAAUGUGUAAGAAAUUUCGGAGGAUGGAAAAUUGGAAUUUUCGCAGGAUAACAUCCUGAUAAAGUAAAACAGCCAUUGAGACGUUUCGUGAAAGUUCGGAGACUUGUAGUGUAAAACACAGUUUCUGGGAACCAGAUUUAGACCUUAGUUUUGUUUGUCAAGCUUUCGUGGACUUGGGAUACGUCCCUCAGGAUACAUAUCUGUGCUUGGUCACACUAUGUAGACAAACCUAAGGUUGAUAUCUCUCAGACACUUGUGCUUUUCACUGCUGUUUCCAUAAAUUGAUGAUGCAAACAUUUUAAGCAUUCCAAUAUUGAAUGGUGGUUUUUUUUCUCUUUUUAUACAAUCAUGUUUAUGUUUCCUUAACCGUUCAUUGAGACCAAUAUGCUGAAAUAUGAAACAAGUUGAGCUUGUUUCCUACUAUAAUGUCCAUGAAAAUAUGACUAGGAGUGACCUUCAAGGUACUUUGAUUUUUUGGAUUCAUUGAUUCGUAGGAUUUUAAUUAUUGUCUUCCAUAUAUCUUCAACAUGAAUGAUGUUUUCUUUAUAAGUGAAUACAAGCUAUAUACUUCAGAGCUUUAGAAAUCAUUUUUGAAAUGCAAAAAUAUCCUGCCUGCUUUCAAUAAUGAUGGCUGAUUUGAGGCACUUCAAAACAAAAUCUUUCUUUGCUGUUUUUGUGAAAAAAAAGUAUUAAUGAAUGGGGGAAGUUUAUAUUGAAGAAUGGGUGUUUACUGGCAUACUGUUUAUUACUAUGAGCUGUUUUCAUUUACCGUUUUAAAACCAACGCUUGUUUUUGAAUGAGGAAUUAAUUUUUGAAGCCAUGCAAAAUUUUGUAUUGUUAAUAUGUCUGUUGUCAAUAUAUGUUGAGUAUGGUGUAUAUUUCACCAUAAGGAAUGAACUAUGACCUUUAAACUUUGAGGUUUAACUUUUGAUAUUAAGCAAUAGAUUUCUCGGCACAUUUUUGCAUAACCACAUUAUAGUUGUUGUCAUUGUGAAAAUUAAUUUUAGAAAAGUUUGAGUGUUUUCAUCAUCCAGACUGUAUUGCCUUUUGUUGUAGACAUUUGUCAUCUUCAGCCUCAAUAUCAUACAUAAGAAUUAACCUUCUCACUGCUGGCAAAUCAUUUGAAAAUGUGUUCAUACUAUAAAUGGUAGCUCAAAUUGAGUGUUUUUAAAAUGUGUUUCUUCAUUCAUGUUCAUUUUUAAAUUGGAAUGUUAUAAUUUUUUUUUUAAUUUUCCAACAAGAUGUUACCAAUGGUUCGCCAAAAAUGUUUUCCAACUUACUUUUUGUGUAAUUUGGCUAUAGAAAGACAGUUGUAAAUGUCAAACCUAUCCCUACAUCAGAAGAUACUCUUGAUGUUUUUAUCUGAAAGAAGCCAGAUAUAGUAUUUCAGAAGAAAUGAGACUGAACCCCAUAGCCUCUUACAGGCUAACCAAUUUAAAAAAACAUUUAAACAUGCUUACAUAAGCUGUGUUAUACACGUUUUGAAUAAGUUGUGAGUGGUACCUGGUGUUUACACCUGUUCACACCUGUUAAUUAGGGUUUCAUGUGCAAUAAUAUUACACCUAGAACAGGAAAUUGAUAUGUGGUGCUAUCUUGUUGGUAUGAAUUAUGUACAGUGUAUGUGAGGUACUGACACAAACUAUAUGUAUCUUAAAUUCUUUAUUUACAUAUAACAAAGCUAACUCUCUCCAUUUUCUGUUAUUAACAAAACAUUUUGAUGUGUACACAUUAAAACACUUUCCAUUUGUGGUAUGUUUAAACAAGGGUUAAUGUUUUAGAAGAAUGAUGACCUGAUGAUCAAGACAAGUUUUCCAAGUUGUGUUGCUGUUCAGUGAAACACAGGACUGAUAAAGUAGCUUAUAUUUAUAUUGAAGCUACCUAUCAUCAAAAUUUGCAUUCAAAAUUUCAGGAAUGAGACUCCUUUGUUAACAUUUUCAAUGAUCUGGUGUUAAUUGUUAAAUAAAACUUUUCAUAAGUGUUUUAAUAGUGCGUGCAUGAUACAGAUUUACAACAUAAGUGGUAUCCAGGUACAAUGCUAAAUAAAGAUCAGAAGACACAAACUAGAUGUUCAAGUCUUAGGAAUUUCAUUUUAUGAAAUAUUUUAAGUAAUUGUAAGAAAAAAGAAAAAAGUUCUGAUUAAAAAUCUGUGGCAGUGAGUCAUUUGAUUGUAGAUAUGUACUGCUAUUCAAGUUCAGUCAUACAUAACGUGUUCUACAAGGUGUGAUUCUAUCGGUAUUGCCAUACAAGCUUAAAUUAUUGCUUUGUUUAUUAGGGUUAAGAUCUACCACAGAUUUUCAAAAGAUUGGCAAAUGUUCAAGAAUUUGAGAACAGUGCGUGACAGAAAUUAAAUCCUUAAAAAUGCAGUGAAGACUGCCAAAUAUCUUAAAGGCUUAUUUUCUUAAAUGAUUAUAUUCAAUUUAAAUCUGUUUAAGUCUGUCUUGAAUUUUCAGAGCUUAAAAUAACAUUAAAUUCAUUGGUAUUAACAUAAUUUAAUGAUUGUUAAAUAGUUACGAUUGCUGUGUUAUUGAUGAAGAAUGCUUUUUGGUUUUUAAAAGAAACGUGUUUCAUCAAGCGUUUUUGAUGGACUUUAUUUUAUUUAGAGAACAUUUUAUCUGAGAUGAUAAAUAGUUCAGUUUUGAAAAGUUUUGUUUUAAUGGAGUCUUUUUCUUGGCGAUGUAUCUGAAUGAAAAGAAAAUACAAGUAUGAAAGCAAUAGUAUGAUGUUAGCGAGAGAAGUGGGGAAAGAAGAUAGAAAGAUUAAAGCAAGAAAAAUAGACAAGAUGAAGAGAAAUGCAGAUGUAUGAUAGAAAUAUUUAAAUAUUUAUGUUUAUUUAUUAUAUAUAUAUAUAAGCUAUGAUGGAGUUGUCCUACAUUAUACCAUUGUGAAAACAAUUUCCCUAUUUUGUAUAUACACCUGUCCGAAUGUGUGUGAAUCCCUGUUAGCUUGGCGUUCACUCGUCAUAACAUGUCAGGCUAGCUAGGAAUGACACACCUGUGUACAGGUAAAUUUUCUAAUGUGCCAAGUUUUUGUACAAAAUACCUUAUCAGCUGGUCUGUGAUCCUCCUGUAAAUAUUUUGUUGAUAAUUUGAAUGAAACCAAUAAAAUAUGAAUAUUACAAGAUA